GUCAUAUGAUAGCAAAGAAGUGGCACAUUAAUGAAGCGCCUCUACAGGGGUCUUUUCUGCUCAUGUCACCACAUAAAACUAUCAGAUGGUUAGAGGAAGGACAUGGAGGCAACUAGUUAGCUCAUCGCCGUUGCAGAGAAGAAAACAAGCCUCUGCUACAGUGCAGCUGCCGGUGGUGUAAAAGAAGCUGAUUCAGCCCGCGGAGGCGAAGGGAGGGGUGUACAAGAGGAUUCCCAAAACCAAGCCAGCUCGCUGCCUCCUCAGGACUAAACCGGAGCAGCGUGGCCGCGGAAGGGGCGAGAAACACGCCGGAGGAGAGGGCUGGGAAAGAGUCCGGACUCUCAGCUGCGUCCCGGAUGCGGACUGUCAACUUCCAGCAACUUUAAGAUCUCCGCGGGUCGCCGAGCGAAGAUGCCUCGCCCGGGCAGAAACACUUACAGCGAUCAGAAGCCUCCCUACUCCUACAUCUCGCUGACCGCCAUGGCGAUCCAGAGCUCCCCGGAGAAGAUGCUGCCCCUGAGCGAGAUCUACAAGUUCAUCAUGGACCGCUUCCCCUACUAUCGGGAGAACACACAGCGCUGGCAGAACUCCCUUCGCCACAACCUCUCCUUCAACGACUGCUUCAUCAAGAUCCCUCGCCGCCCCGACCAGCCGGGCAAGGGCAGCUUCUGGGCGCUGCACCCCAGCUGCGGGGACAUGUUCGAGAACGGCAGCUUCCUGCGCCGCCGCAAGCGCUUCAAGGUGGUCAAGUCGGACCACCUGGCCCCCAGCAAGCCGGCGGACGCGGCUCAGUACCUGCAGCAGCAAGCGAAGCUGCGGCUCAGCGCCCUUGCGGCCACCGGCACACACCUGCCCCAGAUGUCCACGUACAAUCUCGGCGUGUCCCAGCCCUCCAGCUUCAAGCACCCCUUCGCCAUCGAGAACAUCAUCGCCAGAGAGUACAAGAUGCCCGGGGGCCUCGCCUUUUCCACGAUGCAGCCCAUGCCGGCCGCCUACCCCCUCCCCAAUCAAUUGACUACGGUGGGCAGCUCCAUUGGCACGGGCUGGCCCCACAUGUACGGCUCCGGCAUGAUCGACACUGCCACCCCCAUCUCCAUGGCCAGCAGCGAGUACGGCGCCUACGGCGUGCCCAUCAAACCGCUCUGCCAUGGGGGGCAGACUUUGCCGGCCAUCCCCGUCCCCAUCAAGCCGACCCCUGCAGCGGUGCCAGCCCUGCCCGCCCUGCCCGCGCCCAUCCCCACCAUCCUCUCGAACUCGCCGCCCUCCCUGAGCCCCACGUCCUCGCAGACGGCCACCAGCCAAAGCAGCCCGGCCACCCCCAGCGAGACUCUCACCAGCCCGGCGCCCGCCCUGCACUCCGUGGCUGUGCACUGACCCGGGCCGCCUGCACGGACGCUGCCUUCCCCUUUCUCCCAAAGUUUCCACGGAGCUCUCCUCCCUCCCCUUCUCUCCCCUCCUUCCGCUUCUUUCCCCUCUCCUCUCUACUCUUUUCCUCGAAAGCAGAGACAGCUCCCCGCGGGAAACUGAGGUUUGCCGUUCGCGUGAGCUCCCUUUCCGCUUCGCCCUUUCAGCCGAGCCCUCCCUCGCGGCUCGGUUUCUCCCCUGCUUCUGAACUUUGUUUUCCGUUCUUCUGAGGCGAAAGGAACCGGCCCGGCCCGCCCCCUCCCGCCCGGUAGGAGCUGCCACUUGCAUCGCUAGUUUUUCCAAAAGUACUUCAGGCAUCUUCGAUUUGUCGGCGACCAGGAGAGCCUGGCUCGACGAUGCCCCUUCCCCUUCUUUUGUCCGGGGAAAAGCAGGGGUUUAUAUAGGACCAGUCCUUAGUACCAUAAACAAGGAUGGCUGCCGUGUCACUGCAUGAGAGCAGCGCCGUUUCCAGCCUCCAAGCAGCAGAGGCUCGGGUCUUGGGAACGCCGUGAAGCGCUGGGUGUCCUUUGUGUGGGUGCAUGUCCCGUCCGCUGCA